UUUUUUUUUCUUGUCAUUUCUUUUUCUUGCUUAUGAUAAUAGUGAAAUUUUUAUUACAGUAUAAUGUCUGCCCCAAUUCCAGCUACUUAUUCAGACAUUGGCAAAUCUGCUAGCGAUCUAUUUGGCAAGGACUUCCCGGUCGGCUCAUUUAAGCUCGAGUCUAAAACUACUGCCCCCAAUGGUGUGUCUUUCACCCUUACUGGCCUGAAAGACACGAAGAGCGGCAAUAUUAAUGGAGAACUUAAAUCUAAAUAUUAUUAUCCAAAGAGAGGUGGAACGUUUACUGGAAGUUGGACUACAAGUAACAUAUUAAAUGGACAAGUUGAACUUGAAAAUAGUCUUGCAAAAGGUCUUAAAUUAGAUUUAGUUGCUAACAUUCAACCGGCAAGUGGAAAUAGAAAUGUUAGAGGAGGUUUCACUUUUAAACAACCAGGGCUUCAUACAAAGGUUUAUCUUGAUGCUCUUAAAGGCCCUACUUUCCAAGGAGAUAUCGUAGUUGGCCAUGAAGGAUUUCUUAUUGGUUCGGAGGGUUGUUAUGACGUUUUGGAAGGAAAACUAACCCGUUAUGGUGUUACGGCGGGUUAUACUCAUCCUGAAUAUAACGUUGCCCUUCGCGUAACUAAUUCAUUGUCUGCUUAUACUCUUUUAUAUUAUCAUCGUGUGAGCUCUGAAAUUGAAGCCGGUGCUAAGGCUCAUUGGGAUAGCCAAACGAAUAAUCCUUCAGUUAAUUUGGAGUUUGGUGCCAAAUAUUUCUUGGAUCGUGAUGCUUUUAUCAAAGGUAAAGUUGAUAGUACUGGUAAAGUUGGUAUUGGAUACACACAAGCACUCCGUCCUGGCGUUAAGAUCUCAUUGGGAGGAAGCAUUGACACGUCUCGUUUGAAUGAAAAUGCACAUCGUUUCGGCAUUUCUAUUAAUUUAGAAUCUUAAUAUGUUGGUCUAAAUUUCAAAUUUUGACUUUCAAAUUGCUAAAAAAUAUAUAAUAUAUAAUUUUGCGUUAUAAUCACCGGUAUACAUAUAUUUGUUAAAUAAUUUUAAAUUAUUAAAGAAUUUAAAGAAUAUAUGCAUAACCUAUCUUUUACCUUAUUGUUAUAUUGUAUUUUUUGUGUUCCAUAAUCUCUUUCUUACCUUUUCAGACACGACAAAUAUAACUUUCUGAUAUGGUAAAAUAUCUAACCCAACGCUGGGGAGGUAUUGACUUAUUUUUUUCGUAAACUUUUAAUUUUCGGAUUUGAAUAUUAGAACAAGUGUAAUUUGGAAUAUCAAAUUCAAGACUAUUAAAUGGGUUCAAUUAUUAGU